CAAAGCCGCCCGGGAAAAGCGAACCCAAAGCUCGGAGGAAAGACCGGGAAAUCCCGCCCCUCAAUCAUGGGGUGGAGGAAUUGGCAACUCCAACAGGAACCCUAGACUUGGGGUGCGCUUCCAGCCUUGGCCGAGGGUUUAGAAUUAAGGGCACUUCUCACCCCCGCCCCUAAGGUAGGGCGACGGUGCACCUUGAGCCCCCCUCCAGAUCCGCCCCUCGCCCCCCGCCCACCUCUCAAGCCCCGAACGGCGUCGCUGCUCCUUUAAGAAGCCCAGGUAGGCAGGCCGGGCUGCGGGAGCCGCUCCUAUGGCAACCCGCGAGCUGCGGCGACUUCAUGAAUAUUCCCGGGCGCGGGAGCCGAGCGUUGCCGGAGGGCGCUCUGGGGGAGGUGGCCGCUGAUGUAAGCCGGGUGGACGGCUGGGCUCCGCUUGGUUGCGGCGGGAGCCCUGGGACGGGCCGGUCGGGCUCGACCAGAGGAGGCGAGGCAAGCUCGCGAGUAGCUGGCCAUAAAGCCCUGGCGGCGGGACAGACGGACAGCCCGCCUGUCCGCGGGACACACGCCGGAGAGGCGCGCUGGCCGUGCGCUCUGCGCUCCUGAGCGGUUUUCCAGACGCCGCGGCCAGGCGCCUCUUCUCCCGGAGCCCAUUGUUCCCCGCGGGGGCGGGGCGCCUGGAGCCAGGCCCUGCGCCGCGCCCCUGAACGCAGGAGGGAGGAAGGGAGGCAGAGCGGGGUCCCCGCGCCCGGCCCGGGAGGAGGCGCAGCGCGGUCAGCCCGGGCAUCCGGAGCCGGACUGGAGCCUCCCGCGGCACGCACCCUGCCUGAGCAUGGGUGCCUGAGGCGGCCGGCGGCGAAGACGCGUCCCCGCUGGCAGACUGACCAGCGGGCGAACCUGGAGCCAGUCCGCGGUGCCUCACCCGCGCCGGUGCACCCAGCCCGGCACCCGCCCCUGGCACCAUGGACAAGCUGCCGCCGUCCAUGCGCAAGCGGCUCUACAGCCUUCCGCAGCAGGUGGGGGCCAAGGCGUGGAUAAUGGACGAGGAAGAGGACGCCGAGGAGGAGGGAGCUGGGGGCCGCCAGGACCCCAGCCGCAGGAGCAUCCGGCUGCGGCCGCUGCCCUCACCCUCGCCCUCGCCCUCGGUGGCCGCGGGCGGCACGGAGUCCAGGGGCGCGGCCCUCGGGGCGGCAGACGGCGAGGGGCCCGCCCGUGGCGCGGGCAAGUCCAGCACGAACGGCGACUGUAGGCGCAUCCGCGGAAGCCUGGCCUCGCUGGGCAGCCGGGGCGGCGGCGGAGCGGGUGGCGGCAGCAGUCACGGGCACCUGCAUGACUCCGCGGAGGAGCGGCGGCUCAUUGCUGAGGGCGACGCAUCCCCCGGCGAGGACAGGACGCCCCCAGGCCUGGCGGGCGAGCCCGAGCGCCCCUGCCCCUCGGCGCAGCCCGCAGCCUCUCCUCCGCCACUCCAGCAGUCACCGCAGUCGACCUCCGCCUCCUGUGAGCAACCUUCGGUGGACGCCGCUAUCAAAGUGGAGGGAGGCGCGGCGGCCGGGGACCAGAUCCUCCCCGAGGCCGAGGUGCGCCUGGGCCAGGCUGGCUUUAUGCAGCGCCAGUUCGGGGCCAUGCUCCAGCCCGGGGUCAACAAAUUCUCCCUGAGGAUGUUUGGCAGCCAGAAAGCCGUGGAGCGGGAGCAGGAGAGGGUUAAGUCGGCUGGGUUUUGGAUUAUCCACCCCUACAGUGACUUCAGAUUCUACUGGGACCUGACGAUGCUGCUGCUGAUGGUGGGGAACCUGAUCAUCAUCCCUGUGGGCAUCACCUUCUUCAAGGAUGAGAACACCACACCCUGGAUUGUCUUCAAUGUGGUAUCAGACACAUUCUUUCUCAUCGACUUGGUCCUCAACUUCCGCACGGGGAUUGUGGUAGAAGACAACACAGAGAUCAUCCUGGACCCACAGCGGAUUAAGAUGAAGUACCUCAAAAGCUGGUUUGUGGUGGAUUUCAUCUCCUCCAUUCCCGUGGACUACAUCUUCCUCAUUGUGGAGACGCGCAUCGACUCGGAGGUCUACAAGACAGCCCGAGCCCUGCGCAUCGUCCGCUUUACCAAGAUCCUCAGCCUUCUGCGCCUUCUGCGUCUCUCCCGCCUCAUUCGGUACAUUCACCAGUGGGAAGAGAUCUUCCACAUGACCUAUGACCUGGCCAGCGCUGUGGUUCGCAUCGUGAACCUCAUCGGCAUGAUGCUCCUGCUCUGCCACUGGGAUGGCUGCUUGCAGUUCCUGGUCCCCAUGCUGCAGGACUUCCCCGACGACUGCUGGGUGUCCAUCAACAACAUGGUGAACAACUCCUGGGGAAAGCAGUAUUCCUACGCCCUGUUCAAGGCCAUGAGCCACAUGCUGUGCAUCGGGUAUGGACGGCAGGCACCCGUGGGCAUGUCCGACGUCUGGCUCACCAUGCUUAGCAUGAUUGUGGGCGCCACCUGCUACGCCAUGUUCAUCGGCCACGCUACUGCCCUCAUUCAGUCCCUGGACUCCUCCCGACGCCAGUACCAGGAGAAGUACAAGCAGGUGGAGCAGUACAUGUCCUUCCACAAGCUCCCACCCGACACUCGGCAGCGCAUCCAUGACUACUACGAGCACCGCUACCAGGGAAAGAUGUUCGACGAGGAGAGCAUCCUGGGCGAGCUCAGUGAGCCUCUGCGGGAGGAGAUCAUCAACUUUAACUGCCGGAAGCUGGUGGCCUCCAUGCCACUGUUUGCCAAUGCAGACCCUAAUUUCGUGACAUCCAUGCUGACUAAGCUGCGCUUUGAGGUGUUCCAGCCAGGCGACUACAUCAUCCGCGAAGGCACCAUCGGCAAGAAGAUGUACUUUAUCCAGCACGGUGUGGUCAGCGUGCUCACCAAAGGCAACAAGGAGACCAAGCUGGCAGAUGGCUCCUACUUUGGAGAGAUCUGUCUGCUGACGCGGGGCCGGCGCACGGCCAGUGUGAGGGCCGACACCUACUGCCGCCUAUACUCACUGAGUGUGGACAACUUCAAUGAGGUGCUGGAGGAGUACCCCAUGAUGAGGCGGGCCUUUGAGACUGUGGCGCUGGACCGCCUGGACCGCAUUGGCAAGAAGAACUCCAUCCUCCUCCACAAAGUCCAGCAUGACCUCAACUCAGGUGUCUUCAACUACCAGGAGAAUGAGAUCAUCCAGCAGAUUGUGCAGCAUGACCGGGAGAUGGCUCACUGUGCGCACCGUGUCCAGGCAGCCACCUCUGCCACCCCAACGCCCACGCCUGUCAUCUGGACUCCACUGAUCCAGGCACCGCUCCAGGCCGCUGCUGCCACCACCUCUGUGGCCAUAGCUCUCACUCACCACCCACGCCUGCCCGCUGCCGUCUUCCGCCCUCCCCCAGGCCCCAAGCUCAGCAGCCUUGGGCCGGGGCAGACACCCAGGCAUCUAAAGCGCCUGCAGUCUCUGAUCCCUUCUGCUCUGGGCUCUGCCUCGCCCACUAGCAGCCCAUCCCAGGUGGACACACCAUCUUCCUCCUCCUUCCACAUCCAACAGCUGGCUGGAUUCUCUGCCCCCGCUGGACUGAGCCCUCUUCUGCCUUCGUCCAGGUCUUCCCCACCUUUAAGGGCCUAUGACUCCUCUCCAGCUCCCACACUGUCCGCCAACACAGCUUCCACCACCAUAGCCGGGUUUGGCCACUUCCACAAAGCGCUAGGCGGCUCCUUGUCCUCAUCCGACUCGCCCCUGCUCACCCCACUACAGCCAGGUGCCCACUCCCCACAGGCUAACCAGCCGGUGCUCCCGCUGCCAGGGGCUCAGGGAGGCCUGGGACUCCUGGAGCAGUUCCUGCCACCCCCACCCUCCUCCAGGUCCCCAUCGUCCAGCCCAGGGCAGCUCGGCCAGCCUCCCGGGGAGUUGUCCCCAGGUCUGGCUGCUGGCCCACCAAGUACACCAGAGACACCUUCACGGCAGCCUGAGCGGCUGUCAAUGGCAGGGGCCUCUGGGGGUGCUUCUCCUAUAGCCUUUACCCCCCGAGGAGGUCUCAGCCCCCCUGGCCAAAGCCCAGGCCCCCCAAGAACUUUCCCAAGUGCCCCACCCCGAGCUUCUGGCUCUCAUGGUUCCUUGCUCCUGCCACCUGUAUCCAGCCCCCCCCCACCCCAGGUUCCCCAGCGCCGGGGCACACCACCCCUCACCCCAGGCCGCCUCACCCAGGACCUCAAGCUCAUCUCAGCCUCUCAGCCGGCCCUACCCCAGGACGGGGUGCAGACUCUCCAUAGAGCCUCCCCGCACUCUUCUGGGGAAUCUGUGGCUGCCUUCCCGCUCCUCCCCAGAGCUGGGGGUUGCAGCGGGGGCAGUGGUGGCCUCGGUCCCCCUGGGAGGCCCUGUAGUGCCAUCCCAGGCCAGCAUGUCACUCUGCCUCAGAAGACAUCCUCAGGUUCUUUGCCACCUCCACUUUCUUUGUUUGGGUCAAGAGCCACCUCUUCUGGGGGGCCCCCUCUGACUGCUGCGCCCCAGAGGGAACCUGGGGCCAGGUCUGAGCCAGUACGAUCCAAACUGCCAUCCAAUCUGUGAGCUGGGGCUCUUCCCUCUCUUUUCUCUCUUCUUUUUUCUCCUUUCUUCCUUCAGGUUUAACUGUGAUUUAGGAGAUAUACCAAUAACAAUAAUAAUUACCAUUUUUUUAAAAAAAACUCUCACCAGAAAAACAAAAGACAGCAGAAAAUAACCAGGUAUUCUUAGAGCUAUAGAUUUUUGGUCACUUGCUUUUAUAGACUAUUUUAAUACUCAGCACUAGAGGGAGGGGGGUGGGGGGCAGGCAAGGCCCAAAUGCAAAAGCCAGAGGAACGCUGGGGGGGUUGCUGGGGCUUGGCAGGGGUGAGGGGCUACCCAUGUUUGGGGUUCUUAGAGCAGACCUGUCAUGUAUUUGUUCUAGGGCAACAGCCACCACCAGCCCCUUAGCUGUGAACUUGGUGUCUCACUCUGCUGAGGGUCAUGGAGGGGCUGCCCUUGGGUGUAUUACUGGGGAGCCUCAAUCACCUGAAUCCUUGGAUUAAAAUGGGGCCAGGGUCCUGAGAAUUUUGCAUUAUUUUGUACUGCAAACUUAGCAAGAAAUGUAUAUGUAUAUGUAUGUAAGAUAUGUAUAUGUACAAUCUAUGUAAGCACUCUGUAGAGCCAUGUAGCUAGCCACUCACAUGUGUGCACACAUAUGUGCAAUCUAGUUUAACCCCAUGUUGCCAGGACACCCAGGCCACCUUACAUCAGCAGCCCACCGUAGCCCUCAGGCUGGGCACCAUAAGGUCUGGGGGAAGUAUUCUUCCUCAGGGAAGAGCACCCCAAGACCUCUCAGCAGGCCUCCUGUCUCCCCAUCUCGGGUUUCAUAGCCAAUCCUAGCCUGACCUCUCACCACGUGGGAGCAGAGGACUCUGAGCUGUGCCCUCCUGCUGGUCCUCAAGCACAUCCUGUCUCCUCUGUGGCCCUGGGUUCCCUGUCAGGACAGUGGGAGGUGCGGGAACUUCCAGUUGAGUCUGCUCUGUGCCAAGCACUGGCUCAGCACUUUACACACAACUCCUUCGGUUUCACAAAGACCAUGACUCACCGUGUUUCACAGAUGAGGAAACUGAGUUGGGGUGAUUUUUCCAGAAUCAUGUAAUUAGGAGUGGCAGAACUGGGACUGAUCUGAGAUUCGAAUUCAUGCCUGUCUGAAGCUGAAACCUAGGUUCUUUCCAUUAAAAACUGUUGAGAGGGGCUGUUAGUCUUCAAACAUGGUGCAGAGGGAAGAGACCAGAUUUGGGAGACAAUCAGACCUGGUUCAAAUCCCAGCCCUGUUUUAGCUGUGUGAUCUUGGGCUAGUUAUCCGACCUUUCUGAGUCUGUUACUUUAUAUGUAAACUAGAAAUAAUUAUGAUGCCGCCUCACAAGGACAAAUGAGGACCAGAAGAGAAAAGCGGUGUAUGUGAAAUGCCCAUCCCAGUGCCUGGCACAUACCAUAGUAGGUGCUCAAUAAGUCAGGUUUCUUCUGCCCCUCCUCACACCCAGUACAUUGCUCCAGCAAGCCAUGGUGAGAGCCCAGGGAGCUUAGGCUGAGGGCUCCAGGACUACGAUCUCCGCACAUAGGAGGUGGCUGGGCUUCCCGAGGGGCCUAGGGAAGGUAUGUGGCCGGGGUAGGCUUCAGACAGGACUUGAGAUGUGGGAAGAGUUAGAGGAAG